UCCGCUUACGUCAGGACGUUAGGACGUUAGGGCUCCAUUAGAGCUGCAGCUGUCUGGAGAGAAACAACAACAAAAACGGCUAGCUAACGGAGCUUCAACAGUGACAGCUCGUUCGAAGCUCACAAAACACACAUCAAAUUUGGUAGCUGGAACUUCAUUUCCCACCCGGAGCUCCGUCGGCUUCUAACCACGGCCGCUCUCGGUGAGGAAACUCUGGCCUCCGCUUCCUCCUCCUCCGACUCGGACACCGGCGGAGCGUCGCCGCCCCCGCGUAAGAAGCACCGAGCCUCGGCGGCGGAGGGAGUAGGAGAGCCCGGGGCUUCACUUGUAACAGGCCUGUCCGGAGUUGUUUUAGGACUUGCUUCACAUUCUCAAGCCACCUCGGCCAUUCAUUUUAACCGCAGUGUUGUUAACAGUCUCAGCAGCAGUAUGCAGUCAAAUGGGGCAGGACAGGGACAAGAAUCUUCGGAGCUACCCUGCCUGAACAGCGCACAAAACGGGGAAUCCACCGCGGCCAUUGGAGCUCACUCAAACGGGCUCCUUUCCAAUACGGACAACGGGAACAGUGUCGGAACCAGUAACGGCUCCUCGGCCGGACACGGCUCGGCAACUUCAACCGCCUCGACGGCUUCGGGCUCGGAGGUGGCCUCGCUGAAAAAGAAGAAGCGGUUCUCGCAGGCGGAGGAAGAUGUCAUUCGAUUAAUAGGACAACAUCUCCACGGACUCGGACUGAAUCAGACAGUGGACCUACUGAUGCAGGAAUCGGGCUGCAGAUUGGAACACCCCUCAGCCACAAAGUUCCGCAACCAUGUCAUGGAGGGCGAGUGGGACAAGGCUGAGAAUGAUCUUAAUGAGCUGCGAGCACUGAUGCAUUCUCCCAAUGCUAUUGUGCGCAUGAAGUUUCUACUACUACAGCAGAAGUACCUCGAGUAUCUGGAGGAUGGCAAAGUCCUGGAGGCCCUGCAGGUGCUGAGGGGAGAGCUGACACCACUCAAGUACAACACAGAUCGCAUCCACGUGCUCAGCGGUUACUUAAUGUGUAGCCAUGCUGAGGAUUUGAGGGUCAAGGCAGAGUGGGAGGGAAAAGGAAAUGCCUCACGCUGCCGACUGCUGGACAAAUUACAGACAUACUUGCCUCCUUCUGUGAUGCUGCCCCCACGGCGGCUGCAGACUUUGCUGCGGCAAGCAGUGGAGCUGCAGAAGGACCGCUGCCUCUAUCACAACACCAAGCUGGACAGUAACCUGGACUCCGUCUCUCUUCUCGUUGAUCACGUCUGCAGUAGAAAACAGUUCCCCUGUUACACCCAGCAGAUUCUGACCGAGCACUGUAACGAAGUGUGGUUCUGCAAAUUCUCCAAUGAUGGCACCAAACUAGCCACGGGUUCCAAAGACACCACUGUCAUCAUUUGGCAAGUGGAUGCGGAAAGCCACCAGCUGAAGCUCCUGCGAACCCUAGAGGGCCAUGCUUAUGGUGUCUCCUACUUAGCCUGGAGUCCUGAUGACACCUACCUAAUCGCCUGUGGACCUGAUGAUUGUUCUGAGCUCUGGCUUUGGAAUGUUCAGACGGGGGAGCUCCGGACUAAAAUGUCCCAGUCCCAUGAAGACAGUCUGACCAGUGUAGCCUGGAACCCAGACGGCAAACGCUUUGUCACUGGUGGGCAGAGGGGGCAGUUCUAUCAGUGUGACUUGGACGGUAACUUGUUGGACUCCUGGGAGGGCGUGAGAGUGCAAUGUCUCUGGUGCCUGAGCGACGGCAGGACUGUACUGGCCUCAGACACCCAUCAGCGUAUCCGAGGCUACAACUUUGAGGACCUUACAGACAGAAACAUAGUUCAGGAGGACCACCCUAUCAUGUCUUUUACUGUUUCAAAGAAUGGAAGAUUAGCUUUGUUAAAUGUAGCAACUCAGGGAGUGCACUUGUGGGACCUACAGGACCGGGUACUGGUGAGAAAGUACCAAGGAGUGACCCAGGGUUUCUACACCAUCCACUCCUGCUUCGGAGGACACAAUGAAGACUUCAUUGCCAGUGGUAGUGAAGAUUCUACUUCUACAGACCACAAAGUGUACAUUUGGCACCGGCGUGGAGAACUACCUAUCGCUGAGCUAACAGGCCACACGCGUACCGUGAACUGUGUGAGCUGGAACCCGGCUAUCCCAGGACUGAUGGCGUCUGCCUCAGAUGAUGGCACAGUGCGAGUCUGGGGGCCCGCACCUUUCCUUGAAUCACAAGAGGUCGAUGGACUCAACGAGAACUGCAGUAAUAUGGACAGUUGAUGGUCGCUAAUGGAGCAGAUGACACCUCUCUUUGACAACAAAUCCAACAAUCCUACAAUUUAAACAAAAGAAAGGAAAAACCCAAACGGGCAAACGUAACGGCAACGUAAAGCAGGUCAAGAAAUAACAAAUAAAGAAAAGCCACCUAGAGAAAAAAAAAGAGGAAACAAAACAUUGUCUCGUGACUGGACAAACUGCCGGAGGCGAUGACGGACGCUCUUGCCCUCAUCCAAAA